UUUUUCCAGGCCAGACGUGCUCAGGGCAGAAAUGCUUAAAUGCUUUGGGCAUUUCUCGGACGUGCUGGGAGGAGCAGCUUAAAUCCUUGACUCCCAAACCAGGUUGUUGCCAGGGACGGACAGAGGAAAGGGACAUCAUUCCACAAGGAAGGACGGUGAACACCGAGCAGCACUAAACUGCAGAACAAACUCGGCACAGAACCAGCUGAGCAAACACUGGACGCUGGGGCUCUGCCGUGCUGCAGCCCGCACAGUCGCAGGAGGGAUACCCAGGAUGAGGCUGCUUUUCCCUGCCCUCGUGCUGGCCCUGCUGGCCACCACCCGUGCUGCAGAAGACUCCUGUGAGGGCCGCUGUGAGGAAGGCUUCGAUGCAGGGCACAAGUGCCAGUGUGACACCCUCUGUGUGUACUACCAGAGCUGCUGCAGUGACUACUCCACCGUCUGCAAAGCCAAAGUGACCCGGGGAGACGUCUUUGCCUUGCCGGAGGACGAUUACCUGGACUACAACCUCACUGUCGACUUUGUCACCGAGGAGGUGCCCGUGGCAGAGCCCACAGAGCUGCCCACAGCCCCAGUGCCGGUGGAGACCACGCCAGAGAGCAAGCCAAACCCUGAGGAGACACUGCCAGAGGUGCCCAACACCACCCCAGGUGUUUCUGAGGAGCCUGAGGAGCUGUGCAGCGGGAAACCUUUUGAUGCCUUCACCGACCUGAAGAACGGUUCCCUUUACGCUUUCCGAGGGAAGUACUUCUAUGAGCUGGACAAGACCAGUGUGAGGCCUGGCUACCCCAAGCUCAUCAGUGAUGUGUGGGGCAUCGAGGGCCCCAUCGAUGCAGCCUUCACACGCAUCAACUGCCAGGGCAAGACUUACCUCUUCAAGGGCACCCAGUACUGGCGCUUUGAUGAUGGAGCCCUGGACCCUGGGUACCCCCGGGACAUCUCCGAGGGCUUUGAGGGCAUCCCCGACAACGUGGACGCAGCGUUCGCCCUGCCCGCCCACAGCUACCAUGGCAACGAGAGAGUCUAUUUCUUCAAGGACAAGUACUACUGGUCCUACGACUUCGCCCAGCAGCCCACGCAGGCCGACUGCGAGAAGUCCUCCCCCUCCACGGUGUUCAAGCACUAUGCCUUCAUGAACAGGGACAGCUGGGAGGAUGUUUUCCAGCUCCUCUUUGGCAGCAGGAUGCCCGGGGCAAACGGGCCGUGGUACAUCAGCCGGGACUGGCGGGGCGUGCCCAGCCGCCUGGACGCUGCCAUGGCCGGCAGGAUCUACGUGGCCUCCCAGCAGCCCCGCAGGAGGAAGUCUCGGCGCCAGCGCAAGAGGUACAACCACCACCGGUCACUGAACUUGGGAUUCUGGAGCUGGCUGCAAAAUGACCCCGACUCAUCAGGUGUUGAAAGCGAUGGGCUGUCGGGCUCCACGUGUGAGAUGCUCCAGAGUGUUUACUUCUUUGUGGGAGACAAGUACUACCGUGUCAACCUGCGCACCAAGCGCGUGGACCUGGUGCGGCCACGCUACCCCCGCUCCAUCGCCCAGUACUGGCUGGACUGCCCCCAGCCCGGGGAGGAGAGCACCUGAUGGGAUCCCUGGAGCCACCAGCAGCACAGCCCCAGCUAGACAGAAAUAAACUGUGAGGGCCAUGCAGGCUCGAGA